AUGCCGCCGCCGGGGACCUUCACCGUGACGGUGCAUCCUUUCGAAUCACCGACGCCGCAUGCCUGUGCAUAUGAGAAUGGCCCGGCCAACGCGAGAAAUGCUCUCGUAUUCAUCGGCGGACUCGGCGACGGACCUCAUACAGUGCCCUAUCCGCGUGCCAUAGCUAAGCGCCUAGAAGCCGAGCCCGAGCUAAGCUACUCCGUCUUCGAAUUCAGAUUGACUAGCUCCUUCUCGGGCUUUGGUUUUGUCCGCCUGGCCAACGACGUUGCUGAUAUAUCUGCAUUGGUCAAAUACCUACGAAGUAUAGGAAAACAACGUGUGGUGCUCCUGGGACACUCCACUGGGAGCCAAGAUUGCAUGGAGUAUACAUCGCCUGCUCAUAGUGCUGCGCCUGUUGAUGGAUAUAUCUUGCAGGCCCCUGUCUGUGACCGUGGUGCGGUGUCACUAGAGAUGGAUGAAUCCUCGCUAGAUGCGAGCCUCAGGAUUGCGAAAGCACUUAUCGAGGACGGCAGAGGUCAUGAGUGUAUGAUACCUGAAAAUCUUCCACCUUCGUUCUCCGGCACUCCGAUUAGCGCGCGGCGGUGGUACGCCCUUACCGCCACAGAUGGCGAGGAUAACUACUUUGAUCCAAACCUUCCGGAUGACGUAGUGGCGCCCUUCUGGAAACGAGUAGAUAAACCUAUACUUAUACUUCAUUCGGGUAACGACGAACAUAUACCCGCUCAUGUCGACGAAGAGGCGUUGGUUCAACGCUGGAAAGCGCUCUGCCGACCAGGCAUUGCGAGUGAAUUAUCUGGUGUGAUCCCAGGUGCUGGUCAUAGGGUAGAGGAGCGGGAGGCUGAAGAGUGGCUUGUGAACACAGUUGUUAAGUUCCUACAGAGCAUCAAAUAA